CCCCAUCCGCUCACCCGCCCCCCAUCUCCCGCGAAACGACCACCCAACGCCCCCCAUUCCGGCGCAACGACACCUCGAGCGCGAGCGAGCGCGCGCGCGCGCAACAACAACAACCAUGCCGUCGCUCCCGCGGAAGCUCUCCAAGCAGAGCCUCUCAUCGGCCUUUGGAAGCGGCCCCUCCGCCUCGUCGUCGUCAUCGUCGUCGUCGCCGUCCAUCCCCGCGUCGCUGGCCGACGCCUCGCGGGGUCCGCUGCCCAAGCUCAUCGUCUUCGACCUCGACUAUACGCUGUGGCCGUUCUGGGUCGACACGCACGUCGCGCCACCGCUCAAGCCCAACGCGCAGCACUCGAGCGCCACGGACAAGUUUGGCGAGGACUACGCCUUUUACGCUGACGUGCCGGCCAUUCUGCUGGCCCUAUCGUCGUCGUCUUCUUCUUCGUCUUCCGCCGCGCCGCCGCUACUGCCCAGCCCCAUCAAGCUGGCCGUCGCGUCGCGGACGCACGCGCCGGGCCUGGCCAAGGACUUGCUCAAGAUGCUGCACCUGCGGUGGUGGCGGGCGGCAGGCGGGAUCGACGACGGCGAGAGCGGCGGCGGCGGAGGAGGAGGAGGAGGAGGCGGGGGAGGGGGAGGGAAACCGCGUCGCGCGCUGGACGUGUUCGACGCGGGGCUGGAAAUCUACCCGAGCAGCAAGAUCCGACACUUUGAGGCGCUGCACAAGCGCACGGGCAUACGGUACGAGGACAUGCUCUUCUUCGACGACGAGAGCCGCAACCAGGAGACGGAGCGGCUGGGCGUGACGAUGCGGCUGGUGCGCGACGGCGUGACGUGGGAGGAGAUUGAGCAGGGCGUCGAGGAGUGGCGGCGGCGGAGGGGCUACGCUGCCGCCGCCGUGAAGAAGUAAAAGAGAAGUGAUGGGACCAUGGACGGACGGGUGGUUCCCUCCCGAAUAGAGCACGUCGCACGACGCCGCAAGCGAUGCAACCCAAGGCAUAUACAUAUGUACGACGUACAAUAUACAUGAUGCAGUAUGGAUACAUUAUGACCGCAGGCCGCAGCAGAGAUACGAUGCGGAUGUGGCCUGGGAAUACAGGAGGGUGAGCGACUGUACAGACAUGGAACAACGUUAUGGGAUCAGCAAAUAAAUGUACACGCAUAAUAAAACAGGACCUGCAAUGCUUCGCAUAUAGAGUAUAUGAG